AUGAAGUAAAUAUUUCUUAAGUUAAUAAUUUAUAUCAUUUAAGAAUGUUAUCUUUAUAUUAUUCANUUUAAUCAAUCAACUUACACAAGAGAUUAAAGUUUAUUGAAAAUAGUUUCUUAGAUUUUUUAAUUUGUUACAUAAAUAUUAUAUUUUUAUGAUGAUAGAGAAGAAAUUUUAAUACUUAAAUAACUUUCAGCUUUAAUGUGGAUAGGAUUGGAAUAGAUUGAUAUAUAUUUAUAUAUGCCUUAUAGUUUAUAUGAUAGCAAAUUAAUUUUUACAUUAAAUUAAAUAAAAUUUGGAUGUAAUUUAAUUAAUUUAAUUUUGAAUAAUUUGUCUAAUAUUAUAGAAACAACCUUUUCAUAAUACAUUUAUUAUUUUAUAUUUUCAUCUAUGUGUUUUUACUUAGGUGAAACAUUUUAUUAGAGACUAUUUUAUGCAAAAGGAUUAGAUACUUUUACUAAAUCAAGUGAAAAAGAUUAGCAUUUAUAAAUAAAAGUUUUGAGAUAAUUUUAAAUUUAAGCAUAAUUCACAUUAAGUUAAACUGAGAAAUUAUUAUAAAUUGGAAUGGUGAAUUAACAUAUAAUUCACUGUAAUAGAUAAUGUAGAGUAAUAAAUUUAUUUAUUUAAAUCAGUCUCAAGAUAGUUCUGAUGUAAUUACAUGCAUUGUUAAUUGUCAAAUGUCAAAUAAAGAAGAUGAAAAUCUAUUUUUAUUUAAGAUAUAAUAUUUGGCAUUCCAAAAUAAAUAAUAUUCUUAAAGUUUAGCCAGAAUAAAACAUUAUUAAAUUAAAUAUAAAUAAGAAUUAUCUUGGUAUUUUAAUUUAGUUUAAAUUGAAAUAUCAAAUAAACUUAGAUAAGAAAUAACUAAAUAAUAAUAUUCCAAAAUAUUAUAAUAGAAUUCAUCAUUUGUUAAUUUUACAUCUGAUGAUUUAGUUCAUUUAGAUGUACAAUCAGAUAUUCUAAUUCCCAUUAUUAGAAAAACUCUGUCAGCCAAAUUAGAUGUUUGGAAAAAAUAAUUAAAAGGAUUUUCAUCUGUUAAAUAAUUAUAAUUAGAAUUAGUUAAGUUGGCUUAAGAAUUAGAAUAAUUAAGAAUUAAAUUUAAAUUAAUUAUAAAUAGAGAUGUAUAUGAAGUAAAUAUUUCUUAAGUUAAUAAUUUAUAUCAUUUAAGAAUGUUAUCUUUAUAUUAUUCAAUAAUUAUGAAUGAUUAAUUACAUUCAUUUUUAUGUGAAAAAUAAUACUAUUUAAUCUAUAGUUAUGAAUAAACUUUAUAAUAAGAUUAAUUAAAUUCAAUUGCAUUAGUUUUAGAUAAAGUUUCUAUUGUAACUGUGAGCUUAGUUUAAAGUUUAGGAUCUAUAUUAAAUGCUAAUAAAUAAUAAUUAGGACAUAUGUUUAAUUACAAAAAAUAAGAAGAAUUCUAAAAUAUCAUCCAUUUAAAUUAAUUAAUGCCUGAUUUUAUGGCUUAAUCACAUAAUUAAAUGUUGUAAACUUUCUUAAUUAAAGGUGAUUCACCUUUUAUGUAAUAAUUUCGUUUAAUUUUUGGUAAAACAAAAGACAAUUUUAUAUUUCCUUUAUAUUUGAAAUUAGCAAAUGACUUUAGUUAUCAAGAUGAUUAUGUUAUAAAAGGCAUAUUUUUUUCAGGAGUAAAGAAAUAUGAUUAUCUUCUAUUUGACAACAAUGGAAAAAUAUUGGGUAUCACAAGAUAAGUUUAUUAUGAUCUAUUUACUAAUAAUAAUAAUAAACAUGAAAUAACAGAAUUAGCUUUAUUGUAGGAUGAAUGUUUUCUUUAUUAUUUUAUGCCUGAUUUAUUUGAUAUAGUGAAAAGAUUUCAAUCAAGAUAGAAAGAUAUAUCUGAUAAUGUAAAUUUUUCAGAAGAUACUAUUUUUAUAUCUCAUAAUGAAAUAAAAGAAUUUCAUGAUAGAUUCUAAUAGCAAAUGAGAUUUAUUGUUAAUGAUUUUGGUAAUUUUAUGAGUUUUAAGAAAAAGCAAUCAUUAUAGAGUAUAGAUAUAUUUUAUUAAAUAAGUUCGACAGAGUACAAUCUAAAACUCAAAAGAUAUUAAUCCAUUUUAAAUUGAAUUAAGUUUAUUGAAUGAAAAUUAUGCAAAAGCAGUUAAGGAAUAUAUUAAUCAAACUGUAAUAUUAAAAUAUAUUCAUUAGGUUACAUCAUAAAAAACAUGUUUUGUGAGAUUUACAUUGUAAUUCUAAAAAUAUUAAAAUAAUGGAUAUUAUAUAAUGUAAAUAUCAGACUAUAGAAAACAUAAUUUUGGAGAAUUAGCUACUGAAUUAUUUGCUUUGUAGGAUGCAGAUUCUACAAUGAAAAAAUCAACUUUGAGACAUUUGAAGGGUAACUUAUUAUAAAAAUAUAUAAGAUUUAAUAAUUUCAAAAAGAAGAUAUGGGGAUAUCUAAGCUUAUUCAAACAUAAAAAAAAAACGUUCUUUAUAUUCAAGAUAACUAGCUUCUGUCAACCAAUCUGAAAUGUUAAUGACUCAAUAAUUAUCAUCUGUUAUAUAAACACCAAAGACUUGUUUUUUUAAACCUGAAAUAGCUUUAAAUUCUGAAAUGGAAUCAGUUUAAGAAAUUAGAAAUUCUAGUUCAGAAGAAUCAAAAUUUUUAGAUGAAUUUUUAUCAGAUGAUGAAUCAAAGAAGCAAGGUUAUAAGAGGGAAAAAAAAAUAUAAUCAUUUAGCAAGACUAAUAAUUUUACUGAAAAUGAAUAAAAUCCAAAUUAAUCAUAAAAUUCAAGUGCAAUAUCUAAAGCAUCUAAUAAUUAAUCUUACUUUUUUUAAAUUGUUUUUAAAUAAAAAGGAUAAUUACCAAAAAAUAUUAUUAUAUUAUGGAUUAUAGUAUAUUGUAUAAAUUUAAUCAGUUUUGGAGGAUUUGGUUUUACAAAUUAUCAUAUAAUAUCUAAUUACUAUUAAGAAUAAUUAUAAUCUGAAUAGUUUAUGGGACCUCUUAAAUUUAAUCGAUAUUUUUGUAAAACUUUAUCUAUUAGUUGGAACUUCAUUUUAACUAAAUACAAUAUAUUGAAUAAUAGUUAGUAUUCUAAUUAAUAAAAUUUAUAUUAAUUUAGUUUGCUUGAUUAAUAUGUUUUCUCUAAUUUAUCUUAAUUAUAUCCAUUAUUUAUUUAAAUGGAAUAGGAUGGGACAUUAUCAAAUAUGACUUUAAAAUACACUGUGGAUGACUCAGAUAAAGUUGAAUUCACAAGAUUAUUAAACUUUUUAGAGGAGGUUAUUCAUUAUCUUACUUAAAUUAGUUAUAUUGACAAGGGAAAUUAUCUGAAUUUCAUUGAUAAAGAGUAUAUUAAUAAAGCCUUAAUAAUUAAAUACAACUUACCAGAAGUUAUAGAUAUCAAUAAUGAUCUUAUGAUUUAAUUAAAUGAAAAUUCUAUUGCAAAUUAGGAAAUAGAAAGUUCAAUAUUUGUAAUUGAACAUCUAAUUCAUACAGUAAUAAUCUUCUUUAUUAUGAUGAUACAAUUAUUUUAAUGGAAUAACAUUGAAUAAUAAAAUAGAAAUUUAGCUUUGCUAGUUGGUAGGAUCAAGGAUAAUGAAGUGGAAAAUGAAAUUUGUAAGAAUAAUAUCUAUUAUUUAAAGAAAGAGCUUAUAAUAUUUAUAUUGCUUUGAAUAUUCAAGCUGGUGAAGAUUCGUGGAAGCGUUAUAAUUAUUAUAAUUAUGGAUUUCAAUAGGAUACAUCAAUUUAUUAACCAAAACAAAAAUUAAGUAUUAGUUAGAAAUUGCAAUUUGGUCAAUAAAUUUAAAAAAGCGUAAGGAAUUUUAAUACUAAAAUAAAUUUGUUUUCACAUUUAAUAAAAAUAUUAGUAUUUGUAUUGAUAUAUUAAGCAUAUGUGUGGGGAGGUUAUUCAUUAUCAAACAGCCAAAAUGAUAGGCUAUAACCAUUAAAUAAUGUAUUGGUAGAGUUUGCAUUAUUCAGUACAAAAUUAGAUAAUUUAGCAAGCACUGCCUUAAUUAUAAAGACUUAAUAUUUAAUAUAAGAAAAAUUAAUAUAAGAAGGAUUAUAUUAAGAAUAGGAUUUGGAUGAUAAAUAAGAGAUAAUAAAAUUAUUUAAUAAUAUUUAUAAUGAGAUAUCUGUAUCUUUUGCUUAAUUAUAUGAAAAAUUAAUUAAAGAUUUGUAAUUAGAUAAUUCAAUCUAAGAAGCUUAAGGUUUAUUACAUUCAGAUAUUUGUUUGUAUAUGAAUUCACUUUUACCAUUUUGUGAAUUGAAAUUGAAAUAAAAUUAAUAAGAAUUUAUCAAGCAAUAUGGUUAGUAUUAUGCAUAAGAUGAUAAUUCUGAUUAUUUAGCUUAAGGCAUUCUUUCUUUAGUAACAUAAAUGCAAUAAUUUUAUAAAUAAAAUUUUGUUUUUGGAAUAUAAUUAGGAUAAUAAGAUUUAAAUUAAGAUGAAAUAUUGGACUUUUUGAAUAGUUAAGAAUUUAAUGUUAUUAUAUUAAGCCAUUUUAGAGAUACUUAUUAAUGUUUUAUUACUUACUUAAAAUUAUUAGAAGAUAAUAUAUUUGUGAUAAGAGGUAAAAAUUUAUAAAGUGUAUUAAUCUAUUAUAACAUAAUUAUAAUAAUGUAUUUAAUUGGUUUUUAGAUUUAUUAUUCAUAUUGGAUAAGAAAAAAUGUGAAAGUGAUGAGAAACAUUAAAUUGGCAUUAAUUGCAAUACCACAUUUUUAAUUGACAAGUGACCCUGUUAUUAAUAUUUUGAAAAGAUAUUAAUGA